AUGGAACCGCUCAAGUUUGCGCCAUGGACGUCCGAAAUCGAUCUAGGCUUCUACUCAGCCCUUGGUAACCUCAAGCUCAAUCAUGAUCGCUUGGACUCUUCAGCACGCAGGGUGCUGGGUGUAUACCAGAUUCAAACCAGGGAUCCACCAGAGCGUAGUGCUCGCAUGCAGGUUCAUAACCAAGCCUUGACCCAGGACCAUGUCCCCGCCGGCUUCUAUCGCGGCGAAGGCUACAUUCGCAACUUCAAUACCAUGGACGAAUACAAGCAAGUCGACAAGGCUGCCCACAUCGAACGCGCUGGUCGAACCAUCUGGGACGCCAUUAACGAUGGAACAAUCUUCUCGUGCCCUUCGUUGCUAUCAUCAUUCUCAGCCAUCUGCUAUGCCGAUCUCAAAAAAUUCAAGUUCACAUACCAGUUCGCAUACCCAGCCUUGCACUCAGACCCAACCUGGACAUGUUCAACUGCUCAAAAGCUCACACCACAAGAGACAGUCGAGUUGGUCGACAAGGUACAAACAUGGAGAUACAGUGUAGAUACAAGACAGCAUGGUUUCUUCCUGGCCAAAAAGAUCAGAGGGGCCGACCUAGACGACGACCAUGAGUCACAUACCCCACUCGAUGAACCCGAUGACCGAGACUUUGAGCACGACCACCACGACAACGAGCCUAGCAACACACUCGAUUACCGUUGGAAAAUUGGUGCUUUGGCAAAUUACGAGACUGGCUUCUUCAACAAUGUCGACCCCGAUGAUCGCUAUAUUUGCUUCGCCGACCCCUCGACUUUUGAGACAAAUCCUGGUUGGAUGCUGAGAAAUUUACUUGUUCUUGUUCGUCAACGAUGGAAGCUCGACAAACUUCAGAUCAUGUGCUAUCGCGACACGCACGCUCGACGAGAGCAACCACACAGCAUCUCCUUCAAGGCCGAAUCAAUACCACCGUCAGAACGUGGCCCCAUGCCAAAGAUCACAGGUUGGGAGCGAGAUACAAGGUCCAGGAACACUUCCCGCACCAUUGAUAUGGGCGCCUAUAUGGAUCCUACUCGCCUUGCUGAUCAAGCAGUCGACCUGAAUCUGAAGCUGAUCAAAUGGCGCAUCGCGCCCUCAAUCGACCUUGAUAUCAUCAAGGAAACCAAGUGUCUUCUGCUAGGUGCAGGUACCCUAGGCUCUUACGUCGCACGCAAUCUUAUGGGUUGGGGUGUGAGGAACAUAACCAUUGUCGACAAUGGCCGGGUUAGUUUCAGCAACCCCGUGAGACAGCCUCUCUUUGACUUCAACGAUUGUCUGAAGGGUGGUUCACCAAAGGCCGAAACAGCUGUCAAAGCGCUGAAACGUAUCUAUCCCGGUGUCAACGCCGCCAGCCAUUCGUUGUCAGUGCCUAUGGCCGGGCAUCCCAUUAUGGAUGACAAGAAAGUCAAAGCCGAGUUUGACCAGCUACACAAGCUUAUUUCAGACCACGAUGCAAUCUUCAUCCUGAUGGACACGCGCGAAUCGCGUUGGUUACCAACAGUCAUGGGCAAAGCAGCGGGGAAGAUCGUCUUGAACGCUGCUCUUGGUUUCGAUUCAUACAUGGUCAUGCGACAUGGAGUCUCCUCACAGCCAAAAGAAGAACAACUAGGUUGUUACUUCUGUAACGAUGUCGUUGCACCUGCCAAUUCGCUCAAAUCAGCCACGCUUGAUCAACAAUGCACCGUUACUCGUCCUGGUGUAGCAGCCAUUGCAUCAGCAUUAGCAGUUGAGUUACUUGUCUCGAUAUUGCAACAUCCAGACAAAGCGGCCGCAUCUGCCCCUCCUAUCAAUAACCCUCAAGCGCAGCAUCCCGACCAUCCAUUAGGCAGCGUACCUCACUCACUUCGCGGCUUCCUCACAGAUUGGCGUACCCUCACUAUCAGAGGGCAGGCAUAUGAUUGUUGCUCAGCUUGCUCUCCUACGAUACUUUUACUCUACAAUGAUGAGGGGUGGGACUUUGUAAAGCGUGCAAUCAAUGAGAAAGGCUAUGUCGAAGAGGUAUCAGGCUUGGCGGAAGUACAAAGAAGGGCCGAGGAGCUUGACAACGAAGUGGACUGGCAAAGUGAAGGAGAGGAAGAUAAUGACGAGGCUGAGAUGAUCUAG